CAUGUACUGUGCGCCAUUUUGGAAGAAAAAAAAUCUCGGAUAAUUUCCGUGGUCUUGACAGAUCUGGACCCGAGUGCUCACACUGAUUGUGGAUGUUAUCUUUCCCCUUAAGCAAGUUGCAUUGGUCGAACUGGUAUUGCAAGCUGUGUACAGCAAGAGCUGCUAAAUGAAGCAAUGGCGGGAGUUGCAGGAGGAAAUGAUUUUCAGUGGUGUUUCUCUCAAGUGAAAGGGGCGAUAGAUGAAGAUGUUGCGGAAGCUGACAUAAUCUCAACAGUUGAAUUCAACUACUCUGGAGAAUUACUUGCUACUGGAGAUAAAGGAGGCAGAGUAGUGAUAUUUCAGCAUGAACAGGAGUCAAAGAAUCGUCCACACCUGCGUGGGGAGUACAACGUCUAUAGCACUUUUCAGAGUCAUGAGCCAGAGUUUGACUAUUUGAAAAGUUUAGAAAUUGAGGAAAAAAUUAAUAAAAUAAGAUGGCUACCCCAACAAAAUGCUGCUCACUUUCUACUUUCAACAAAUGAUAAAACUAUCAAAUUGUGGAAAAUAAGUGAAAGGGAUAAAAGAGCAGAAGGUUACAACCUGAAAGAUGAAGAUGGACGACUCAGAGACCCCUUUAGAAUCACCUCUUUACGGGUACCAGUGCUGAUGCCAAUGGAUCUCAUGGUAGAAGCAAGCCCACGGAGGAUCUUUGCAAAUGCGCACACCUAUCACAUUAAUUCCAUUUCUGUAAAUAGUGAUCAUGAAACGUACCUCUCCGCAGAUGACCUAAGAAUAAAUCUAUGGCACUUGGAAAUCACAGACAGAAGUUUUAAUAUUGUAGACAUCAAGCCCGCCAACAUGGAGGAACUGACAGAAGUAAUCACAGCUGCUGAGUGCCAUCCACACCAAUGUAAUGUAUUUGUGUACAGCAGUAGCAAAGGCACCAUCCGCCUGUGUGACAUGCGAGCAGCAGCACUCUGCGAUAGGCACUCAAAGUUCUUUGAGGAGCCUGAGGAUCCAAGCAGCAGGUCCUUUUUCUCUGAGAUCAUCUCCUCCAUCUCGGACGUGAAGUUCAGUCACAGCGGACGCUACAUGAUGACACGUGACUACCUCUCCGUCAAAGUUUGGGACCUCAACAUGGAGAAUAGGCCAGUGGAGACGUAUCAGGUCCAUGAAUACCUUCGCAGUAAGCUCUGCUCAUUGUAUGAAAAUGACUGCAUCUUUGACAAAUUUGAGUGCUGCUGGAAUGGCAGUGACAGUGCCAUCAUGACUGGCUCCUACAACAACUUCUUCCGGAUGUUUGACCGCAACACCAGGCGGGACAUCACACUGGAGGCGUCCAGGGAGAGCAGCAAACCACGGGCCACCCUCAAACCACGCAAGGUGUCCACUGGUGGCAAGAGGAAGAAGGAUGAGAUCAGCGUGGAUAGCCUGGACUUCAACAAGAAGAUCCUCCAUACUGCCUGGCACCCCAAAGAUAAUGUGAUUGCUGUGGCGGCCACCAACAACUUGUACAUUUUCCAGGACAAAAUCAACUAGAAGAUCGGGGGCUCCAGAGGAUAGGGCUUUACCGUACCUGUGUAGUUAAGCCUACUACUUGUCUAUCUGUAUAAGAAGAAACAGCCUCGUUGUCCUCCUGGUGAAGAAUUCGAAAGCACGUGUCUACUUUUUUUGCCACAGGAGGUUGAUCCAUAGGCCUGUUUUAUUUUGAGUCUGAGCUUAGGUUGUUUUUGCCUUUGGCAUCAGGGCAAUCAACAAUGCCCCCUGACACAGAAAGCCCAAUUUGGGUCUAAUUGACGGAAUGGCACUCCCUAGAGGUCAAACUCUUGAACGUUGGUGUUUGUGUUGACAUUUUAAGCCUUCAUUUCAUGAUUUAACGACCGAACUCUUGGAAGCCCUAAAAAUGACGUCUUGUCAAAGUUGUAACACCAUUGCAAAGAUUUUGGGCCCUUCUGAAACAUGGAUUGAUGGCCAAUAAGCCUAACUCUAACAUUCCCCCAUUGGCCAUGUAUUCAGGCCAAACUACUGGUGGCAGAGGUCAUGAAUUUGGAAAGUGGACUUAUUUUUCUCCUUCCUCCCUCCUAUUACUUUACCCCAGUCAAUACGGUGACAUAAUUUCACUGACUGUAUCUACUCAAAUACACCUUGUCAUCCACAUAAUAAAAGAAACUAAAACUACAGAUGUGUUUUUAAAUUUAGAAGUAUGUAUUAAAACAUGUUGUUCUUUAUUGCUUUGCAUGUUUUUAUGUUGUAGAGAGGUGGAAAAAUGUCCAGUCACACCACUGUCUUUUGAGCAGAUCUCAAGCAAUCUUGUUAUGGAAAUACUAUUUGGGGCUGUAAGUUUCAGAACCACUGUUGGAGACAACCGAUCAUGUGUUUGUCAAGACAUUUAUUUCUAGUUUUUGACCAUGUUUUAGGAUGCAGGCUGGAAAACUACAUGGCACAAGAUGGGGCCCAGGAUAAAGGGAAUCUGCAGCCUUAAUACCUACUUCUAUCAGUGACAGCUACAAGUUAUGUCCCCAAACGUUUUACAAACCUCAUGUGCAUUAUUUUUAAAUCCUAUUUUAUAGAGUUAUGUCCUCAUAUACUGCUGCUAUAUGUGGCUGUCUAUGAAAACACAUUAAGAGGAGGAAAAUUGCACACCAUACAGUUUAUGUGAUAGAGUGCCUCCAACUCAUGUAAUAAGUAGGAAAUUCAGACAGGCCUCAUACAUGUGCCCUUAUUCAUUUAGUAGGGAUGUCACUCAAAUUUGAACUACGUAUUGCAAAUGUGGAUCUUCUCUCUCUAGUUGUGAAUGCAGAAAUGAAGGUUGACUACACAAAACAUAUACUGAUAACAUUAAAACAAACACAUAAUAAUGCAUUGUCUUUGUCCAUUGAUUCCUAACAUGGUGGCAAUGUAUUCACUUGUUUAUUAUUUUGACCAAAGUUCAAUAAAAUAUUGUGUUCA